CGCUGGCGGUGCUAGUCUUUCCUUUCAGUACCCCACUGAAUGAUCCUUCUCCCUUCUCUCCCCUCACCCCCCCUCCUCCCCUAUCCCUCCUGUUCAGUCGUUCAGCCCUGUUGUUUGGAAAAGUCGAGAAUGGCUGCUAUUGCAAUGUCUAAGCGGAAUCAGAGGGGUAAAUGCCAUUGAAACUUAAAAACCUUCAAUUUCUUGUAAGCACCACUGCAGGUAUACGUUUUGAGGAGAUCUAGUCAAAGCUUCUGUGUAAGAUUCCCGUCCAUUGCUAUUUAGUAUUAAACAAGAGGUGAACACCUUUCACCAUGGCUUCAUCAGAAGGAACUGAGUGUACACCUGCAGCUGCCUCAUCGCCUCCGCCUGCCCCUCCGAAAAUAAGGGAUGACUGGUACCAAACUGAAACUCAUGUAUCUAUCAACAUUUUGGUGAAAAAUUUGACGCAAGAUGAUGUUAACAUAACCUAUGGGCCUCAGAUGGUGACAGUUGACCUGAAGAUUCCUGAUAAAGUGACCUGUCUUCGAUACAACUUGUCACAUCCUAUUGUUCCUGACCAAUCCUCCCAUAGAAUUUUAUCAUCCAAAAUUGAAGUCAAAUUGAAAAAAGCUGAUGGAGUUAGAUGGCAAAAGCUCGAAUCUGAAUUGGAACCCCAUCCAUCUGAAGAUGCCAAACCUCAGAAGGAGAAGAACUGGGAUAAAGUUGUUGUAGCCUUAAGUGAAACUGAAGAGGACAAGCCUCAAGGGGAAGCAGCUUUAAAUGCACUGUUCCAACAAAUUUAUGGUCAAGGCUCUGAUGAUGUCCGUAGAGCAAUGAAUAAAUCCUUCGUUGAAUCAGGAGGCACUGUCUUGAGCACUGUUUGGAAUGAUGUCAAGAAGGCGACUGUGGAAGUUAAGCCUCCAGAUGGUGUGGAAUAUCGCAAGUGGGAUAGUUAAAAUGGCUACCAGUGACACAAAUACUAAAAUUUUUAUCAGUUCCCCUCCCUCUUCCCUGUGAAUAUUCAUCAGUCUUGGAUUCCCUCUGGAUUGUGGUCUAUCGGCUUUGGCAUAUUCAGGAUGAGAUAAACUAUUUGUGUCAAUGAUGAUCCUUGUUAUGGAUGAGAAUCGGAAAGAAAUUCUUUGUAUUGUUCUUAUUUCUUCAAUUAAGUUUUAAUGCUUCCAGUCUUAGUCUCUGUGUCUCUCACAUGGUAGUUUUUUCAAUUUGUGUUUUCCAAUAACUUUUUUUCUUUUUUAAGUUUUUUAAAAAUGUUCGUGUGUGAUUAAUCUUUGGUUUGUGAUGAUUGGAAUGCUAGAUUUUGAAGCUGUUAUUCUAUUUAUGUGUCCAGAAUUACCAUAAGUGCAUAAUGGAGCAAACUUUCCUUGUAAAAGACCAUUAAGCUAGUAACGUGCAUGUAAAUUUUACUUUUUAUUUGCUCAAAACAACUAGAAUGUUUACUGAAUCCUAACAUAACUCAGAACAGCUAUUUGUAUUCUCACUUACUGCUAAAUAAACUGUUAUCACUGUU